AUGAGCACAGAAGAUAAUUAUCAGUCGUUGAGAGUGAAUGCUGCAAGUUAUGACGCUGGAAAUCGAGCUGGAAAUGACGAUGACUCUACUUACACUGAGUUGAGCAAAACCAGAGAUGUGGAAUAUCAUUUUAAAGAUAAAAAGACAUCUCCGUCGGGAUCACAUUCAUGUACUGGAUGGAUUAAACCCGCAGGAACCAGG